AUGGGGUGUAGUGAGGUGAGGGGAUUGCUCUGGAGAGUCGGCCUCUUCCUCCCCCUGCUGACAGCGCGUCCCGCCGCCGCCGGGCACGUCGCCAACAACCAUGUUGUGUUACUUGAUACUACAACUGCCCUUGGAGAACUAGGAUGGAAAACAUUUCCUUUAAACGGGUGGGAUGCAAUAACUGAAAUGGAUGAACACAACCGUCCCAUUCAUACUUACCAGGUGUGCAAUGUGAUGGAACCMAACCAAAACAAUUGGCUGCAAACCAACUGGGUCUCCCGUGAUGCUGCACAGAAAAUCUACGUGGAGCUGAAGUUCACCCUGAGGGACUGCAACAGCAUUCCKUGGGUGCUGGGGACCUGCAAGGAAACUUUCAACCUGUACUACAUGGAGUCAGAUGAGCCUCAUGGAGUAAGGUUCAAGCCAAACCAGUACACUAAAAUUGAUACCAUAGCAGCUGAUGAGAGCUUCACCCAGAUGGACUUGGGUGACCGCAUCCUCAAACUCAACACGGAAGUUCGUGAAGUUGGGCCGAUAAACAAGAAGGGAUUUUAUCUUGCUUUCCAGGACAUYGGAGCGUGCAUUGCUUUGGUUUCAGUCCGUGUCUAUUACAAGAAGUGCCCUUUCACGGUCCGUAAUCUGGCCAUGUUUCCUGACACCAUUCCAAGGGUGGAUUCUUCCUCACUGGUGGAGGUACGGGGCUCCUGCGUGAAGAGUGCUGAGGAACGGGACACCCCAAAAUUGUAUUGUGGGGCAGAUGGGGAUUGGCUGGUACCUCUAGGAAGAUGCAUCUGCAGUGUGGGAUAUGAAGAACUUGAUGGUUCCUGCCAUGCUUGCAGGCCUGGAUUCUAUAAAGCAUUUGCUGGAAAUGUGAAGUGCUCCAAGUGCCCUCCACACAGUUUGACUCACAUAGAAGCCACUUCUGUCUGUCAGUGUGAGAAAGGUUAUUUCAGAGCUGAGAAGGACCCACCAACUAUGGCAUGUACCCGGCCACCUUCUGCUCCAAGGAAUGUGGUUUUUAACAUCAACGAAACAGCUCUGAUGCUGGAGUGGAGCCCCCCGAGUGACACUGGGGGAAGGAAGGACCUCACCUACAGUGUCAUCUGUAAGAAGUGUGGCUCAGAUGCCAGCCAGUGCGAGAUCUGUGGGGGUGGCAUCCGCUUCAUCCCCAGGCACACCGGGCUCAUCAACUCCUCUGUGACCGUGCUUGACUUCGUGUCGCACGUCAACUACACCUUCGAGAUAGAAGCCACCAACGGGGUCUCGGAGCUGAGCUUCUCCCCCAAGCAGUUCACAGCUAUCACAGUCACCACAGACCAAGAUGCACCCACCUUGAUAGGUAUGGUAAGGAAGGACUGGGCUUCCCAAAACAGCAUUGCCCUCUCCUGGCAAGAGCCGGACUUUCCCCCUGGAGCAAUUCUGGACUACGAGAUCAAGUACUAUGAGAAAGUCUACCCACGGAUAGCGCCGGCAUUUUGGCACUACCUGCGGGUAGAAGAGCAUGAGCAGCUCAGCUAUUCCUCCACAAGGUCCAAGGCUCCAAGUGUUAUCAUCACAGGUCUCAAGCCAGCCACCAAGUAUAUAUUUCAUAUCAGAGUCAGGACGGCAGCAGGAUACAGCGGCUAUAGCCAGAAGUUUGAAUUUGAAACUGGAGAUGAAACUUCUGAUAUGGCUGCAGAGCAGGGACAGAUUCUUGUAAUUGCCACUGCUGCUGUUGGYGGAUUCACUCUCCUGGUCAUCCUCACUUUGUUCUUCCUCAUCACUGGCAGAUGCCAGUGGUACAUAAAGGCCAAAAUGAAAUCUGAGGAGAAAAGAAGGGCUCAUUUGCAGAAUGGACACUUGCGUUUCCCAGGACUCAAAACAUACAUAGAUCCAGACACGUAUGAAGACCCUUCUCUUGCUGUCCAUGAGUUUGCAAAGGAGAUUGAUCCUUCAAGAAUUCGGAUUGAGAGAGUCAUUGGGGCAGGGGAGUUUGGAGAAGUAUGCAGUGGACGUCUGAAGACACCAGGAAAAAGAGAGAUCCCUGUUGCCAUUAAAACUCUGAAAGGUGGUUAUGUGGACAGGCAGAGAAGAGAUUUCCUGAGGGAGGCGAGUAUCAUGGGACAGUUUGAUCACCCAAAUAUCAUUCGCCUUGAAGGAGUUGUUACAAAAAGAUCCUUUCCGACCAUUGGGGUGAAGUCUCUUUCGAGAUUCCUGAGGGCGGGAUUUUUAAAUAGCAUCCUGGCCUCACAUCCCGUGGCAGGGGGUGGAUCUUUACCCCCCAGCAUUUCCWCUGGCAGACCAGUAAUGAUUGUAGUUGAAUACAUGGAGAAUGGAUCCCUUGACUCCUUCCUGCGGAAGCACGAUGGGCACUUCACAGUGAUCCAGCUGGUUGGAAUGCUGAGGGGGAUCGCCUCUGGCAUGAAAUACCUGUCGGACAUGGGCUACGUCCACCGGGACCUGGCAGCGCGGAACAUCCUGGUCAACAGCAACCUCAUGUGCAAAGUCUCCGAUUUUGGCUUGUCACGGGUGCUGGAGGAUGACCCCGAAGCCGCCUACACCACRAGUGGUGGAAAGAUCCCCAUCAGGUGGACUGCUCCUGAAGCCAUCGCUUACCGGAAAUUCUCCUCGGCCAGCGACGCGUGGAGCUACGGAAUUGUCAUGUGGGAGGUGAUGUCCUACGGAGAGAGACCGUACUGGGAGAUGUCCAACCAGGAUGUUAUACUGUCCAUUGAAGAGGGCUACAGGCUUCCAGCUCCCAUGGGCUGCCCAGCUUCUCUUCACCAGCUAAUGCUUCACUGCUGGCAGAAGGAGAGGAACCACCGUCCCAAAUUCAGUGACAUUGUCAGCUUCCUGGACAAACUGAUCCGCAAUCCCAGCACCCUUCAUACCCUAGUGGAGGAUGUACUUGUAAUGCCAGAUUCACCUGGUGAAGUUCCAGAAUAUCCUUUGUUUGUUUCAGUCAGUGACUGGCUGGAUUCCAUAAAAAUGGGUCAAUAUAAAAAUAACUUCAUGGCAGCAGGUUUCACAACUUUGGAYAUGGUUUCAAGAAUGAAUAUUGAUGACAUUAGAAGAAUUGGAGUUGCACUCAUUGGACACCAGAGACGAAUAGUCAGCAGUUUACAGACUUUGCGGUUACACAUGAUGCACAUACAGGAGAAAGGAUUUCAUGUAUGAAAGUAAUAGAAGCAACUGUGUUUUGUGCCUCAGCAUUUCUAAAAUGGAAAAAUAUUCUCAUUCUUCCCUCCUGCUCUUCCCAACUUCAAGUACUGCAGUCUCCAGUUCAGACUAUACAAGUACUUCUAUGUUAAUGCUUCCAACCGGAAUUUUUAAUCACACUGCACAGCUCCUCCACCAGUUCUCUGCCGAAAAAACCCUGGCCUACUGCAAGACUCUUGCUACACACUGAUGAGUAACUCAGCAUGGAUGUGUAACUUUGUAUAACAGUAUUUGGGAAACUUUCAUGGACUUACUUGAAAGUAGUAAUCUGUUUGGCCUGGUGUGGCUUCUUUAUCGAUGUAUUUAGAGUUUGCUGGUAGAUCAAAAAGUAUUUGACUUCUUUCAUGUUCUGUGACCAUGUAACUUCCAAUACCAAAUGUGCAAUCAAAAAGAAGUUUAACAUAAAUAUUUAUUUUAUCUCUUAAUUAAAUCCAAAUGUAUGGGUCCUAUCAUUAUAUUACUUUAUAAUAGUUUGAAUGCUGGUAAGCUGGUGCCUCAGAACAUUAGUAUUGUUUGCAGAAAUGACUGAUGAUUUUAUGUAGCGAGUUUUCAUUGUGUGAAUAAUUGGAAGCAUAGUGAGAGUAACCUAUUUGAAAUCGUAAGGAAGGUUUUUGAUUUUCAAUUACUUUAGCACUCGACACUUUUUAUGCUUUGAAUUUUAGAUUAGMUUGGAAAACUUGUUUAUCCUUGGGAUUGCUCACCACCCUAAUUUUUUUUUAAUGCAAUACUCAGAAUUUGCCUCCACUACAUGGCAAAUAUCCACUGGAAAACUUGUUGUAACAUUUCCAUGACCWCAUGUAAAACACGGUUGUCAGCUCUUUUGUGGACACAUAGACUUCAGAAAAGCUUUCUGUUUCAAGAAUGUCUGUGCUGCUUGGAUAGGGAAUCAUCUCCAGCAGCAGCAGCAGACCUCAGAGAGCCAGCCAUGGGUGGGGUGAUGGGAUUAUUCCCGUGGGAGCAGCCGGCCAUAUCCUCUCCAGGCAAGGGCAGCGGUACAACCACAACCCCAGUGC